AUGCUAUCACCUAACCCACUCUCUCUUCUAUGUCCACUACUUCUAUGCUUACCUCUGGCCAUCGUAUUCACCACUACCUAUUCUUCCUCUUCCUCCUCCUCCGCCGCAAACGACCAAAACAACAACACCACCAUUCCCAGCUCUCUCGUUCUCGAGAAACCAACCCCAAAUCUGAAAAGCAGUUUCUUUGGCAUGCGUAACCCCAAAAACAAAUCAAAGGAAUUGGAUGACGAUGAGGAAGCGCUGUUCCGUGCGGCUGCACAUGCUAAGCGGAAAGCGACGUGGCCUAGAAAGAUAGCGUUCAUGUUCUUAACCACCACACCUCUCUCAUUCGCACCCCUUUGGGAAUCUUACUUCAACCAAACCCCCAAAAAUCUCUUCAACAUUUACAUACACGCCGACCCCACAUUCUCUUACCACCCCCCCUUCUCCGGCGUCUUCUCCGACCGUCUCAUUCCUUCCAAACCCACCGCUAGAUUCUCCCCCACUCUCACCUCCGCGGCGCGUCGUUUGCUCGCACGCGCCCUCAUUCACGACCGUUCUAAUUCCAUUUUCGUCCUCCUCUCUUCAUCUUGCAUCCCCCUCCACUCCUUCAACUUCACCUACCGCACCCUCAGUAACUCCCACAAGAGCUUCAUUGAAAUCCUCAACAACGAGGACGGAUCCUACGACCGUUGGGCGGCGCGUGGACCCCAAACCAUGCUCCCGGAGGUGAUGCUGGAGGACUUCCGCAUUGGGUCCCAAUUCUGGGCUCUGACACGUAAGCACGCGCGGCUCGUCGUCAGUGACCGAAAGCUUUGGCCCAAAUUCAACCUCCCCUGCUUACGUUCGGAAACGUGCUACCCGGAGGAAAAUUACUUCCCCACCCUCCUCAGUAUGUGGGACCCAAAGGGAUGCGUGCAUGCCACGCUCACCCACGUCGAUUGGACAGGUCGCGACGAUGGACACCCUCGCACGUACGAGUCGUCCGAGGUGGUCCCCGAACUGAUUCAGUCAUUACGGAGGGAUAGGCCUAGAUACGGUAACGGUAACGGCGAGAACAACAGCAGACGGCGACGGCGUGAUCCGUUUUUGUUCGCGCGGAAAUUUUCCGCUGACUCUCUCCAACCGUUGAUGAGGAUUGCAGACGGCGUUAUCUUUAGGGAUUAG